UUAAAUGUUGUUCCCAUUUCAUUUUAAAGGUUGAUUAAGGACACUCAGUUUGUAAAACCCUUUAAAACAAAUCCCUUGUCUUUCCUUUUUGUUCUACUUUACUUAAAGAAGCUUAAGGUAGAGAGAUAAGAAGGAAUAGCUAACACCUUCCAUGACUAGCAGAAUUUCAAUCUCUCUGAGAGAAAAGACAGGAAAAGAAAAGAAAAGAGGAAGAGCAAAAAAGGAGAGGCUCAGCUUCUAUCUUGUAUAUCAAGACUCUUUCUAUCAACAUGUCUGAUUCUUUAAGCCUAUACACACUUGAAGUUUCUCAGAUUCCCUUCACUUUUCCCUACUUUUCUAGAAAAUCUUUUAAUGUUGGAAGGCUUAAAUCCCUUUGUCUUUGCUUCAACUCCUUCCAAACUCAAUCCUCUUGAAACAUAUUUUCUCAAACCAAACAUGUUCCCUCUCAUUGUUUUCACAUUACUCUCUCAUCUAACUAUUUCUUCAUGUUCUGCUUCAUUACAUGCUGAUUUUCAUGUCUUGGUGGCACUUAAGAAUGGAUUUCAGUUCCCUGAAUCCCUGUUAAGCUCAUGGAAUUCUUCGAAUCCGAGUUCGGUUUGUUCCUGGUCCGGCGUACAAUGCUAUGGGGGACGAGUUGUUUCAUUGGACUUGACAGAUAUGAAUAUGUGCGGCUAUGUUUCACCUCAGGUUUCAAGGCUUGAUAAGCUAACCAACCUCUCCCUUGCUGGCAACAACUUCACUGGCAACAUUGAGAUUGCCAAUAUAAGCGACCUUCGGUUUCUCAACAUUUCCAACAACCAGUUCAAUGGUCACCUGGAUUGGAACUAUGCAAGCAUCAGCAACCUGGAAGUGUUUGAUGCUUAUAACAACAAUUUCACUGCUGUUCUGCCGGUUGGGGUUGUUGGAUUGAAGAAACUCAGGUACUUGGAUCUUGGUGGCAAUUAUUUCUAUGGCACAAUCCCACCAAGCUAUGGCACGUUGGUGGGGUUGGAGUAUCUUUCACUAGCCGGGAAUGAUCUUAAUGGGAAAAUUCCUGGUGAGUUAGGCAACCUGGUCAACUUGAGAGAGAUCUAUUUGGGGUAUUACAAUGUUUUCCAAGGCGGUAUCCCUUCAGAGUUGGGUAAUUUAGUAAAUUUAGUUCACAUGGAUCUCUCAAGCUGUGAAUUGGAUGGUCCAAUUCCUCACGAGUUGGGGAAGCUGCAGUUGCUUGAUACUCUGUACCUGCAUAUCAAUCUACUCUCAGGUCCAAUUCCUAAGCAGCUAGGCAACGUGACCAACUUGGUGAACCUUGAUCUCUCCCACAAUGCACUCAGUGGAGAAAUCCCACCUGAGUUCACCAAUCUCAAGCAACUCAGGCUUCUCAAUCUCUUCAUGAACACACUACACGGCUCUAUUCCACAUUUGGUAGCUGACUUGCCUAAUUUAGAAACCUUGGGGCUAUGGAUGAACAACUUUACUGGUGUGAUACCUGAGAAUCUCGGUCGAAACGGGAGGCUGCAAGUGCUCGAUUUAUCGUCCAACAAGCUAACUGGUACGAUCCCUCCACACUUGUGUGCUUCGAAUGAGUUAAGGAUAUUGGUCCUGAUGAAAAAUUUCCUUUUCGGGUCCAUUCCUGAAGAACUGGGGAGAUGUUAUAGUCUCACUAGAGUAAGGUUGGGGCAGAAUUACUUGAAUGGUACCAUUCCAAAUGGCUUCAUUUACUUGCCCCAACUAAACUUAGCAGAGUUGCACAACAAUUACCUUUCGGGAACAUUGGCUGAAAAUGGUAACAUGUCGUCUAAACCUGUUAAGUUAGGCCAGCUCAAUUUGUCAAACAAUCUCCUUUCAGGUCCAUUGCCAUCUUCACUUUCCAACUUGUCUUCUCUCGAAAUCCUUCUACUUAGCGGAAACCAAUUCUCGGGUCCUAUACCACCUUCUAUAGGAGAACUCAUGCAAGUUUUGAAGCUUGAUGUUAGUAGAAAUUCACUUUCUGGUAUUAUCCCACCAGAGAUUGGGAACUGUUUUCAUCUCACAUACCUUGAUAUGAGCCUAAAUAACCUCUCUGGCUCAAUUCCACUUGAGAUUUCCGAUUUGCAUAUCCUGAGUUACUUGAAUGUAUCGAGGAACCAUUUAAAUGAAGGCAUUCCCAAAAGCAUUGGAUCAAUGAAAAGCCUCACCGUUGCCGACUUCUCCUUCAACAAUUUCUCUGGGAAGCUGCCGGAGUCCGGCCAGUUUGCCGUCUUUAACGCUUCAUCUUUUGCAGGCAAUCCUCAACUCUGUGGUUCUCUCCUCAACAACCCUUGCAAUUUCUCUGCAGUUACAAGCACCCCAAGAAAGGCCCCUAGGGACUUCAAGCUAAUCUUUGCAUUAGGCCUUUUAAUAUGCUCUCUAAUAUUUGCCACUGCCGCCAUCAUCAAAGCCAAGUCAUUCAAGAAGAACGGUUCAAAUUCUUGGAAGAUGACAGCAUUCCAAAACCUCGAAUUCACCGUUUCCGAAAUCCUCGACUGCGUCAAGGAUGGCAAUGUGAUUGGAAGAGGAGGUGCAGGCAUUGUUUAUCAUGGCAAAAUGCCUAACGGUAUGGAAAUCGCGGUAAAAAAGCUUCUCGGCCUUGGCACAAGUCGACACGAUCAUGGUUUCCAAGCCGAAAUCCAAACAUUGGGAAACAUCAGACACCGAAACAUCGUCAGGUUGCUAGCAUUUUGCUCCAACAAGGAAACCAAUCUCUUGGUCUAUGAGUACAUGAGAAAUGGAAGCCUCGGUGAAGCAUUACAUGGCAAAAAGAAAGGUGCUUUCCUCGGAUGGAACUUGAGGUACAAAAUUGCAGUUGAAGCAGCUAAAGGUCUUUGCUAUCUUCACCAUGAUUGUUCUCCAUUAAUCGUUCACCGAGACGUAAAAUCAAAUAAUAUCUUGCUCGAUUCAAGCUUCGAAGCACACGUUGCAGAUUUCGGAUUAGCCAAAUUCUUGGUGGAUGGAGGUGCAUCGGAGUGCAUGUCCGCCAUUGCAGGAUCCUAUGGCUACAUUGCUCCUGAAUAUGCAUACACGUUGAGAGUAGAUGAAAAAAGUGAUGUGUAUAGUUUUGGGGUAGUUCUUUUAGAGAUGAUCACCGGACGAAAACCGGUGGGUGAAUUUGGAGAAGGUGUAGAUAUAGUACAAUGGGCUAAACGAUCGACAAAUUGUCGAAGAGAAGAAGUUAGUAACAUCGUGGACCGGAGGCUAACAUCAGUGCCUAAAGACGAGGCAAUGCACUUAUUGUUCAUUGCAAUGUUAUGCGUACAAGAAAAUAGCAUAGAACGUCCCACCAUGAGAGAGGUAGUUCAAAUGCUAUCGGAGUUUGCUCGACAUUCACUUGACUCCCAAUCUUCGUCUUCCUCCUCCUCCUUCAUUCAAAAAAAAUUUUGAAACAAAUAAAUAAAUGAAGAGAUUUGAGUUUUAAGCAACUUCUGUAUUUUUCUUUUUUACUGGUGUUUUGGGUUUGUUGUUAUAUAGUUUGCUAUUUGCAAAGCAUACAUCUCUAAUUUUCUUUCAUAAAUUUUCAGUUUACGUUUAGGGAUAACCCAAAAAUAAAUAGAUUUAGGAAUAAUUGCAUCCUUAAAAAUGGAUCAUGUAUGCACUCCCUUCUUUGUAUUAUAUUCCAUAUUUCAAUGCUACACUUAUCAAUUGACAACAGAUUCUAUCAUUUGUGUAAA